AUGCCAUUUAUGCUUGAAAUUGUUGCUUAAAUCUUUCCUAAAUUAACAUCUAAUACCUCUGAUAUCACUAAAAUUAAAAAUAAUUUUAUUAAAAAUUAUGUUAAAUUAAAGGAAUAAUCAUAUCUUAUUAAUAAACAUUCUUAAAAGUUAGAUUAAGGAUUUGAUCCUGAAUAUUAAUAAUUUUAGGCAGAAAAUUAUUGGAAAAAAUUAGAAAUGAAAUAAAUCUUUUAAAAUUAUUCACCAUUAAGUUAAAUUAAAAUUGAAAAACAAAUAUUAGUUAUUAAUGAAGAGAAUUUUGAUUUUGGAUAAGAUGUUUAUCUAAUUAAAUAAUCUUUAAAGAAUUAAAAUUACACUCCAUAUAGCUUCUAUUAAGCAUUCAUAGAUUAUUAUCAUCAUUAGUAAGUACAAAAACUUAAAAUGAUAGGGAAAUCUAUUGAUUAAGAAGUUUUCUUUUAAGAUUUACUCAAUUUCUCAUAAUCUCUUGCCUUAGAAUUAACAGAAAAUCAAUUAACAUAAGCCAAUUAUAAUAAAAAAAGUUGUGUAGAUUUUUCUAAUGAUGGAAGAAUUUCAUAAUAAGAAUGGAUUGAUAAAUACUUUGGUUAAUAAGGAAUUGCAAUUGAAUAAACUUAUCUUUUAAGAAAAUGUGCACUUCUUAAUCAAAAAGGGAAUACAAUCUCAUUUAUCCAUAAAUCAAUCUAAGAAUUUUAUGUAUCUAAAUACAUACUUGAUUUAUUAUAUAAAUUACCUACAAUAAAUUUAGAUGAUUUUAAUCUUUACAUAAAUGGAAAAUUAAGAGAUCAAUAAGAUGAAAAUGAAUUUAUAAUGAUGGAUAAAGAAUUGAGUAAUUUUGCAAAGGAGAAUAUAUAAAAAUUGAUAGACUAAAUUUUGAAAAUAAUUAAGUAUAGUAAAUUUAAUAGUCUUAAUUUUUCAGCAGAGUAAUAUUAAGGAAUGAUUCAUUUUUUAAAGGAUGAAUUGGGUGAUAAUAAGAAUUUAAAGGAGAUUUUAAUGAUAAUAAUAAAGUUAUCAUGUAUAGAGUAGAUAUAAUAAGAGGGAGGGAAUAGUUUUUUUAUAUUGAAUUAAAUUGGUGAGGUUUUCAAUAAUUAGAAUUUAGAAAAUAUAAAAAUAAAGAAUGCCAAUUUGAAUGGGGCAUAAUUUUAUAAUAGUAGUUUAUAAAAAUCUAGAUUUGAGAAUGUGAAUAUAAGUUAAUGCAAUUUUAAUAGAGCUUAAUUAUAAAAUUGUAAAUGGAUAAAUAUAAAUUCAAAUGAGCUUCCAACAUUAACAGGACAUAGUGAUUCAAUAUCAUAAGUAACAUUUUCUCCUGAUGGUUAAAGUUUGGCUUCAGGAAGUAGUGAUUUAACAAUAAGAAUGUGGGAUAUAAAAUCAGGAGAGGAGAUAAUGAAAUUAUCAGGUCAUACUAAAUGGAUAUGGUCAAUAGCAUAUUCUCCAGAUGGUUAAAUAUUAGUAUCUGGUAGUGGUGAUAAUUCUGUAAGAGUUUGGGAUGUUAGUUUUGGGUGUUAGAUAUAGAAAUUAGAUGGACAUAGUGGAUAAGUGUAUUAAGUAUAAUUUUCACCAAAUGGUUAAAUGAUUGCAUCUUGUAGCAGUGAUAAAUCAAUCAUAUUAUGGGAUUCUAAUUCUGGUUAAUAAAUAAAAAGAUUAGAUGGACAUGAUGAAUGGAUAAGAUCAAUAAGUUUUAGUUAAGUAGGUUAAUUAUUAGCAUCAGGUAGUAAUGAUUUAACAAUAAGAGUCUGGGAUUUAAAGUUUGGUGUAUAAAUAAUUAAAUUAAUAGGGCAUGAACAAUCAGUAUAAUCAGUAGUAUUUAGUCCAGAUGGUUAAAUAUUAGCAUCUGCAAGUGAAGAUAAAUCAAUAAGAUUAUGGGAUAUAAAAAAUGGUAAGGAAAUAUAAAAAUUAAUGGGACAUGAACAAUCAGUAUAAUCAAUUGUAUUUAGUCCAGAUGGCUAAAUAUUAGCAUCUGGUAGUUUAGAUACAACAGUUAGAAUUUGGGAUGUAAAAUCAGGAAAGAAUAUAUAAAGAUUAGAAGGACAUACUAAAAAAAUAAAUAGUGUUGCAUAUUCUCCUGAUGGAUCUAUUUUAGGAUCUGCAAGUGAUGAUUAAUCAUUAAGAUUAUGGGAUACAAGAUCUGGAAGAGAAAUGAAUAUGUUAGAAGGUCAUACAAGAUCAAUAAUUUCAGUAUCAUUUUCACCUGAUGGAUUAAGUUUUAUAUCUGGUGGUGAAGAUUAAUUAAUAAGAAUAUGGGAUUCAAAAUCAGGAAAAGAAUUAAAAAAAUUAGAUGGUCAUCUUGGUUGGGUAUUAUCAGUUACUUUUAAUAUAAAUGGAUAAUUUAUAGCUUCUGGUAGUAGUGAUAGUACUGUAAGAUUAUGGGAUGUAGAAUCAGGAAAAUAAAUAUUAAAAUUAGAUGAGCAUACUGAUUGUGUAUUCUCAGUUGCAUUUUCACCAAAUGAUGAAUUAUUAGCUUCAGGUAGUGAUGAUAGUUUUAUUAUAUUAUGGCAUAUAAAUACAGGAAAAGUAAUAUUUAAAUUAUAAGGACAUAAUGAUUCUGUAUAAUCAAUUGCCUUUUCUAUCGAUGGAUUGAAAUUAGCCUCUGGUAGUAGUGAUAAUUUAAUUAAAAUUUGGGAUACAAAAGUAGGAUAAGAAAUAUUAGAAUUAAAUGAAUGUUAAGGUUAAAUAAAAUGUGUUGUAUUUUCACCAGAUGGAUAAAUAUUAGCAUCAGCAGGAGAAGAUUAUAUUAUAUAAUUAUGGGAUUCAACAUCUGGAGAAAAUAUUAGGGGACUAGAAGGACAUACAAAUUCUAUUUAAUCUAUUACUUUUUAUCAUAAUUCUAAAGUACUUGCUUCAGGUAGCAUUGAUUGUUCUAUUAGAAUCUGGGAUUUAACAACUGGUAUAGAAAUGCAAAAAUUAGAUGGACAUGCUGAAUUUUUAAAUUCACUUGCAUUUUCACCAAAUGGAGAUAUUUUAGUAUCAGCAAGUGAAGAUAAUUCUAUAUUACUAUGGGAUACUAAAUCUAUUAAUGAAAUGUAAUUAAUAAAUUAAGAUGAUAUAUGGAUAUAUUCAAUAGCUUAAUCUAAUGAUUAAUAAUUAUUAGCAUUAGCCUGUUUAGAUUAUUCAAUUAAAUUAUGGGAUUUGAAAUAAGAAAAAGAAAAAUAAACAUUAAUUGGACAUUCUGAUUAUAUAGAAGUUAUAACAUUUGCACCUAAUAAUUAAAUUAUAGCAUCUGCAGGAAGAGAUAAAUCAAUUAGAUUAUGGAAUAUUAAAUCUAAAGAUGAUGUUUAAAUUCUAAUAGCUCAUACUGCUACUAUUUGGUCUCUUAGAUUCUCUAAUGAUUCUUUGAAAUUAGCCUCUGGAAGUAGUGAUACUACUAUAUCUAUUUGGUAUCUUAAGGAUGUCUAUUAAGAAAAAUUACUACUAAAAGGACACUCUGAAGCUAUAUAAUAAGUUAUCUUUACUCCUGAUGGAACAAUUUUAAUAUCCAUUUCUAAUGAUAAUACUAUUAGAUAAUGGAAUGUAGAUUCAGGAGUACAAGUUGAAUUAUUAGAAUUCAAUUUAGGAGUUGCUUGGGCUACAACCUUCUCUCCAGAUAAUCAAAUAUUAGCUAUUGUUAAUAAAAAUAAUACCAUAUUCCUAUAUUAUAUAUACAAAAAGUAAAUUAAACAAAUUGAAAACCAAUUUGAUUUAUUGCAUACUCUUGCCUUUACAUAUGAUUCAGAUUUUUUUAUUUCCAAAAAUUCUGAUUGCUCUAUAUUACUUAUAAAUAUCAAAUCUGGAUUUUAAACUUAAAAAUAUCAUGAAUAACCCACCAAUACAUCUUAAUUUCCUUUCUUAUAACAGUUUAAACCAUCUAAAACUUUAACAUUUUUAUUAAAAUCAUUAAAUAAUCGUAAAUCUAUUCAAUAGUUUACUUAAUCUUUUUAAUUUAACAAUAUUUCUUGGUCUAAUAUCAGAAUGAAACUUAUACCUAUUACAUGUUAUAAAGCCAUUGCUACUACUCACUUAAUCUAAGCUAAAUAAACAUGUAUUUUUAACUCAACUAUCAUCUCAAAUUUAAAAAUAGAUUUAAUUCCAUUAUUUAAAUAAAAAUAGGAACAAAAUAUCGUAUGA